GAUAGGUAAGUGGCGAGAGUAGUAGUGGCGGUAGUGACAGGUAUGGCUUCGAUCGUGAAGAAGAUAAUCAGCACCGCUAAGGCUCCCGCUGCCCUGGGUCCCUACAGCCAAGCAGUGCUGGUAGACCGGACGAUGUACAUUGCAGGACAGAUAGGUAUAGAACCUUCCACUGGGCAGCUUGUCUCUGGAGGGGCAAAGGAAGAAGCUAAGCAGGCUCUAAAAAACAUGGGAGAAAUCCUGAAAGCUGCAGGCUGUGACUACAGCAAUGUUGUGAAGACUACAGUUUUGAUGGCAGAUAUGAAGGACUUCAAUGAUAUUAAUGAUAUUUACAAGCAGUUUUUCAAGACAAACUUCCCAGCCAGAGCAGCCUAUCAGGUUGCUGCUUUGCCCAAAGGUGCCCGAGUUGAGAUUGAAGCUGUUGCCGUUCAGGGACCUCUCCAAGAUGCUUCAGCCUGACUAUAAUAGAGACUGAUUAUUCUACAAAGGCAGUAUUAGAUUUAAUACUUUUCCCUUCCAUCAUAUCUCUACACUUGACUAUCAGUGGUUACACAAUUGAAAUCAGUAAACUUCAUAGAAUCAGCUAGGUUGGAAAAGACCUUUAAGAUCAUUCAGUCCAACCAUUAUCCCAGGACUGCCAAGUUCACUACGAAACCAUGUUACUGAAGGCCUCAUCUAAGCAUUUUUUGAAUACUUCCAGCGACAGUGAUUCCACUGCUUCCCUGGGCAGCCUGUUCCAAUGCCCAAUCACCCUCCCUGUGAAGAAAUUUUUCCAAAUAUCCAGUCUAAACCUCUCCUGGUGCGGCUUGAGGCUAUUACCUCUUGUCCUGUUGUGUCUUACUUGGGAAAAGAGACCAGGCACCUCUUCUCCAUCCUUCUUUCAGGUAGCUGUAGAGAGCGAUAAGGUCCCCUCUGAGCCUUCCCCAGACUAAACAAGCCCACUUCCCUUAGCCUUUCCUCAUAAGACUUAGUCUCCAGACCCUUCACCAGCAUUGUUGCCCUUCUUUGGAACUGCUCAAGCAUCUCAAUGUCUGUCUUUUAGUGAGGGGCCCAGAACUGAACACAGGAAUUGAUAUGCGACCUCAGCAGUGCCAAGUACAGGGUGACAAUCACUUUCCUGGUCCUGUUGGCCACGCUAUUGCUGAUACAGGCCAGGAUGCCUUUGGCCUUCUUGGCUGCCUGGGCAGAAUGGUGGCUCAUGUUCAGCAGCCAUCAGUCAGCACCCCCCAGGUCCUUUUCCGCUGCGUUUUCCAGCCACUCUUCCCCAAGCCUGCAGCGUUGCAUGGGGUUGUUGUGGCCCAAGUGCAGGACCCGGCACUUUGCCUUGUUGAACCUCAUACAAUAGCCCAUUGGUGCAGCCUAUCCAGAACUUACCAAGGAAGGGUGCUUUCCUCUGGACUGUGGCCUUCAAUCCUGUAAAAUAUGAGCUUGCAGUGAGUUGUCUGCCAGCAAACCCUGAGAUCUCCAGGAGUCCUGCUAAAAUGAGCUGAGCUUGAUUGCAGCACAGGGCCCGUAGUUUAUGAUGGUCACUGGAUAUUCAGGUAUUAAAAUGCACAUCUGGGUGAAUGUAUGACAGUUAUAGUAUGACUGAUCUGAACAUGGGAAACUGUAAUGACUUGUAAUAGGUUUUCAGUAACAAUUUUAAAUAGGAAAGAAAAUUACAGAAAUGGGAAAACAACACUUGAAUUGCUUAGUGUGCAUCUUAACUUUCGGGGAAUUCUUCUGUAUUUCUCAACUGUCUUAAACUCUUUACAGAGUAGAUUACUAUUGAGACUCAUAUUUUCUUCAUAUGGAAGCAAUUGGUUAAAUUGAUUAAAGUUAAUAACAGCUUCAGGAAAGAACGCAGUUACGCUUUUCUGAAGUGCUAACUUUAUAAAUCAGUUUUAAUUAUCUGCCUGUAACCUUUUUCAUAGCAGUUCAACUUUGAGUAUCUUUUGAUUUAAAACAAAACACUAAAAAACCUGUUGUUUAAUGAGAAUAAAGUAUAAUCGCAUCUCAGAACUGUGUUGGUCUAUUCUGGGAACAAACUUUUCCUGAUUAUGCUUUGAUACAUACUAAAAAAAAAAAUCCUUAUCUAUCUUGCUUAUCCAAUAAAUAAUUCAUACCAAAAGAAUAGGCUAUUAUCUAUCUCCUAAUGUUUAAGGAUUAAAAUAAUCCUUCAAGACAGGAAGUUUUCAGCUACCUUGGAUAAAUUGGAAGAAUCCCAAUUACGGUUCCUUACCUUCCUGCUUGUCUGCUAUGCUUUCUAGCUCCUUUUACUUCAGCUGCACUGUUACAGUAACUAUAUUUUUUAUUUCUCAUGCAUUCCUGUUACUGCUUUAGCAUACACCAGAAGACCACUUGAAAAGUUGUGAGAAGAGUCAGCCCUAUUUAUCCCUUAUAGAUGUGACGUGCGUGACCAUUUCUCCUGCUUUUUAUUGAGCUUGUAUAUGGUAUCUAUAUAGAAAAAGAUUAACAAUGAGGUUGUCACAGCAAGUAUAUAGAAAUGUAUGAAUUUUUUUAUAGCAAUAUCUUGCUUUCUCUUGACAAAAUGGCAGAUGCUUUUAUUAGAAGCAGCAUAAAAUGCUUUUGGUAUUUCAAGCAGUGAACUUAAAAGCAACAGCUUUUGAAAGGUACCUGACUUUUCUGCAUAUAAACCUCCUGCACAUAAACUUUAUUAGCCUUGGCUUCUCCUCCGUUCUCUCUCCUUGGCUAUACUAUUAGUGUUGUUCAGGUUCUACAACUCUGACUCAAAAAGUAAGAAAAACCGUGAUUAGUACUAACAUGAAUAUAACUUUCUAGAAAACACAAAGCAAAUGUUGCUUCAUUUUGUCAGCUAAAAAUAAUUAGGAAUAAUGAAAUUAAAUUGGGUUACAUUUAAACAGA